UGGUCCUUCCGCGUCUCACUAAAGCGCAUGCGCUGCAGGUUCGCGGCCUGCGACUGGGCCUGCAAUUCCUGGGAGCGAGUUGAUGACGUCAGCGUUUGAACUCCAUGGCGUCCAAACGGCGGGCAAGGAGCUGCCGCGGGAAGCGAGUAUUAAAUGAAACUAAGAGAGAGAAUAAUGGCACUACAGCUACAGAGGACUCACCUCCUGCCAGGAAAACUCGCAAAUGCCAGAGGCAGGGAGCGAAGGAGCCCGCAGCUGGAGGAAAGGCUGAUAAAGGAAGGACAGAAGAUAUACAAGAAUCUGUGAAGUCAUUGCUAUUAAAGGGCAAAGCUCCUGUGGACCCAGAGUGUACAACUAAAGUGGGAAAGGCUCAUGUGUAUUGGGAAGGGAAUGAUGUCUAUGAUGUCAUGCUAAAUCAGACCAAUCUCCAAUUCAACAACAACAAGUACUAUCUCAUUCAGCUGUUGGAAGACGAUGCCCAGAGAAACUUCAGUGUUUGGAUGAGGUGGGGUCGAGUUGGGAAAAUGGGGCAGCACAGCUUGGUGGCUUGUUCAGCUGACCUCAACAAGGCCAAGGAAAUCUUUCAGAAGAAGUUCCUUGACAAGACGAAAAAUAAUUGGGAAGAUCGUGAGAAGUUUGUAAAGGUCCCUGGAAAAUACGAUAUGCUGCAGAUGGACCACACCACCACCACUCAGGGUGAUAAUGAAAUAAAAAAAGAGGACUCCCUUAAGGCCCCCUUGAAACCAGAGUCGCAGCUAGACCUGGAGGUACAGGAGCUGAUCAAGUUGAUCUGUGAUGUCCAUACCAUGGAAGAGAUGAUGACUGAAAUGAAGUACGACACCAAGAAAGUCCCACUUGGGAAGCUGACAGUGGCACAAAUCAAGGCAGGUUACCAGUCUCUUAAGAAGAUUGAAGAUUGUAUUCGAGCUGGCCAGCGUGGACAGGCUCUCCUGGAAGCAUGCAACGAGUUCUACACCCGGAUCCCACACGACUUUGGACUCCAUACUCCUCCAUUAAUCCAGACUGAGAAAGAACUGUCAGACAAAGUACAACUGCUAGAGGCUUUGGGAGACAUUGAAAUUGCCAUUAAGCUGGUGAAGACAGAACCCCAAAGCCCAGAACACCCAUUGGAUCAACACUAUAGAAACCUACAUUGUGACUUGCGCCCUCUAGAUCAUGAAAGUUACGAGUUCAAAGUGAUUUCCCAGUACCUACAGUCCACCCAUGCUCCGACACACAGUGACUACACCAUGACCCUGCUGGAAGUUUUUGAAGUAGAAAAGGAGAGUGAGAAAGAAGCCUUCAGAGAAGAUCUGCCUAACAGGAUGCUCCUGUGGCACGGCUCUAGGCUGAGUAACUGGGUGGGAAUCCUGAGCCAUGGGCUUCGAAUUGCCCCACCAGAGGCUCCCAUCACAGGUUACAUGUUUGGAAAAGGCAUCUACUUUGCUGAUAUGUCUUCUAAGAGUGCCAAUUACUGCUUUGCCUCCAGACUAAAGAAUACGGGACUGCUGCUUUUAUCAGAGGUAGCUCUGGGUCAGUGUAAUGAGCUACUCGAGGCCAAUCCUAAGGCAGAAGGAUUACUUCUGGGCAAACACAGCACAAAGGGCCUGGGCAAGAUGGCUCCCAGUCCUGCCCACUUCCUUACCCUGAAUGGGAGUACAGUGCCCUUAGGGCCAGCGAGUGACACAGGAAUUUUAAAUCCAGAGGGUUAUACCCUCAACUACAAUGAGUUUGUUGUCUAUAACCCCAACCAGGUCCGUAUGCGAUACCUUCUAAAGGUUCAAUUUAAUUUUCUGCAGCUGUGGUGAGUGUUGAUAUUAAACCAGGGAAGAUACAGUCUUCAAGCAAGAAAAUAAGCAUUGUACUUUAAACGUUUUUUGAUUGUUUGAGGCAAAGUCUCACUGUGUAUUCCAGGAUUGUCUUAAACUCAUUACACGUAGGUCAGGCUGGCCUCAAACUUGGGGCACCUCCUCCUUCUGCCUCCCAAGUGCACAGAUGUGCACUAUGCCCAGAGUGGACUUUUGAAAAAUUUUUUUCCAGUAUUGAGCAUUGAGCCCAGGGUCUUCACACUGAGCUAAAUCCCCAGCCCUUUAUUUUUUGACUUGAGACAGGAUCUCACUAAGUUGCCCAGACAAGGCUUGAAAUUACGGUCCUGUCUCCACCUCCCAGAGUGCUGGGACUACAGGUGCACACCACGGCGCCCAGCCUUUUUGGCACUUUAAAUAAUAAAAUUGAAAUGGCAUAGAUCUACCAGUGGGCUUUGCUUUUCCAAACACUGACUUCUUCUUACAUGAGUGUAUCUUCACAUCCAGGACAGAAAGUACCCUUUGCUCUGUCCUACAACUAGCUACGGAUUUCUCAGGACCCUGUUCUUUCACAGUGUAAGAGCCUGAGGGAUACUCAUGGGGGUUAAUGCUUUUCUCUGCUGAACUCAAUUUUCUGCAAACCAGAGUUUUUUUAACAUCACUGUAGUAGGAGUAGAAGUCCUAAAGGCUGAAUUGUUCCCCUUCCCCCCAUCCAAAUCUUGAUUGCCUUUUUGGUGUUCAUCAGUUGCAGACCACGUCUCUUGCCAUGUAACAUCUUGUUCCUCAUUAGAUGUCCAAAAAUUUG